AGUUCUCCCAAUCAGACGUGUGCGUGUGCUUCGAGUCAUGACGUUGUGAAUCGCGAUCCCGAUUUUCAAGCCCCGGAUUUUGUGAUCGGAUCACGGAACGACCUCUGGAUCGUAUGCUUGUGUGAGAGAAGAUUUUCUCCUUCAUUUUCCCGUGCGCCCGUCUGUCCAUUGGAGCACAGCUCCGACCCUCACGGAAAGAUGUUGGGACCGCGGGGAAGCUUCACCACGGCCGACUACAUGGUCCUGGUGUUGGUGCUCGUCCUGUCGGCAGCGAUAGGCGCAUUCUUCGCCUACAAGGGUCGGAAAAGUUUGUGCAGCAAGGAGUUCCUCGUCGGCAACAGGAAGCUUCAGGUGUUCCCAGUGACGAUGUCCAUGAUGGCAACCUUUUUGUCGGCUAUUGCCUUCCUUGGGUUUCCGGCGGAGAUAUUCGUCUUCGGCUUCCAGUACGUGCUCGUCGCAGCCGGUGCCGUGGUUGGAGUUUUCAUCGCUGCCGAAUUCUUCAUGCCGAUUUUCUACGAGAUGGAUUCCGUAUCGAUCAACGCGUAUCUGGAGCAGCGAUUCGAUUCGAAAAUUUUGCGGAAACUUGCCUCUCUGCUGUACAUCAUCAAUCAGUGCAUCUACUUGGGCGUCGUUCUCUACGGACCGUCGUUGACUCUCGGCUCGGUGACAGGUUUGCCGGUGUGGCUCUCGAUCAUUAUUAACGGGAUUGUCUGUACUCUCUACACGUCACUUGGUGGAAUAAAAGCCGUCGUCUGGACGGAUGUUCUCCAGAUGCUCCUAAUGCUGUCUGGAUUCAUGAUGGUCUUUCUCACGGGGAUCCUUGACAGGGGAGGCCUAGCAAACAUCUUCAACGAAUCAAAGCGAUACGGUCUCAUGGAAUUCGACUUUCGAUUGGAUUUUCAACGAACCUUCACAGUGUGGAGCGUGUUCAUCGGCUGGACUGUGGUGUGGGCCAUAAAUUACGGCUGCAAUCAGACCAUGGUUCAGAGAUAUUGCUCCGUGAAGACGAAGGCGAGGUCACGCGUCUCUAUUUACUCGAACAUGAUAGGCGUGGCGUCUAUCCUCACUGUCGCUUGCAUUUGCGGUUUGGUCUUGUUUGUGGAGUACAGGACGUGCGAUCCCAUCAAAGUGGGUCUCCUGCGAAAAUACGACGAGCUGAUGCCGCAUUAUGUCCUGCAAAGGUUCUCCGACUAUCCCGGUCUGGCGGGAUUGUUCGUUUCGGCGGCAUAUUCGGGAUCGCUGAGCACGAUGUCGUCCGGUUACAAUGCGCUGUCAGCCGUUGUUUGGGAAGACUUCAUGGCACCGACGCUCGGGAAAAGGAUGACCAACUUGUCCAUCAUGCGACUGACUAAAGCCAUCGCAACCUUCUUCGGCCUACUGACGAUCGUGGUCGCAUUCUUCGCGUCGUACUUGCGCUCGAUCGUGCAAGCAAGUAUCGCCACCGGCGGAUCCUUCACCGGCGCCGUAGGGGGUCUAUUCUUCCUCGGAGUACUCUUCCCAUGGUGUGGUGGGAGGGCGGCACUGACGUCCACGGUGAUUGGAACGGCCGUGUCGCUGUGGAUAGCAAUCGGUUCGAUUCUGAUUCCGAAGCCGACGCACUAUUCUCAAUUCACGUCGGUGAAAGAGUGUUUCUCGUCAUAUAACUACACCGUGUCUGUGCCGAUCGGUGGUCACGCCAGACCUCCAUCAAGUAUCUACACCAUUUCCUACUUGUGGAUUCCCGUCAUAAGUUUCGCCCUGACGUUCGGCCUGGGCGUCCUCUUCACGGUCGUUCAAGGCUUGAAACAGUCUGCGAAAGUCGAUCCUCGACUCGUGUCGCCGGCCUUGCGAUUGUAUUACCGCAAUUGGUUAAAACGACUCGAAGCCGAGAAGAGCUUGAAUACCAAGGUCGAAAACAUGAUUUCGACGAUUUAUAAAUCGACUCUACAAGACGGCACAGCCACGCUGCGGUCAAGCGCGGGGAUGCAAUCCACGAAUACUCUCGAUUCGACAUUGACAAGGUCGUUAGCCUCGUCAACCACGAACUCUGAUCGGCCUUCACCGGAGGAAACUGCCAAGAACUAUGCAAACGGAGCAACAAUUAUCGCGAGAGCUGACCCGGCGACGAUAACCUACGUCUGA